AUAUUGCGUUGUGGAACACACGGGUACGCUCACACUACAAGCAAUGACACCAACCUUGCCAAUGCCAGCAGAGGAGGAACUGAAUAAAAUGUUUCUCGAGCUUGUCGACGAGUUAGACUUAACUCAAACCAAUCGGCAAGCAGUUUUGGCACUUCCAGCUAAUAAAAAGUGGCAAAUAUAUUGCUCCAGGAAAGGUAAUGAUACAUUAGAUAAUGGAGGCUUGCGCACUACUGACCUUAGCGGCGAUCCCGAAGAUUAUAUCAAUAGAUUGAAGACGAUAGCGAAUAAUCCUUUCCCAGAAGAAGAUGAAGAGGUAUCAAAUCAAAUGCGUCAAGCAGAAGCUCUAAAGACUGCCCUGAGGACGCAGCCGCAUAGCUUUGUUCUCAGAUUUAUAGAACUAGAUGGUUUAAAUGCUUUAUUACAAGUUCUAGAGACUAUGGAUACCGAAGCAGCUAAUAGUAAUAUCAACACCAGUAUUAUAGGAUGUUUAAAGGCUUUAAUGAAUAAUUCGAAUGGUAGAGCGCAUGUAUUAGCGCAUCCGACGGCAAUCAACACAAUAUCACAAUCACUCGCAUCUGAGAAUAUAAAAACGAAAAUUUCUGUCCUAGAAAUUCUCGGUGCAGUUUGUCUAGUGCCAGGCGGUCACCGCAAAGUUUUAGAAGCCAUGUUGCACUUCCAACAAUAUCAUUCCGAAAGAACGCGCUUCCAAUGUAUAAUUAAUGAUCUUGACAAAAAUUUCGGCAUCUAUAAAGAUAAUUUAUCCUUGAAAACAGCGAUUAUGUCAUUCAUUAACGCGGUGCUAAAUUAUGGACCUGGCCAAGUAACAUUGGAAUUUAGGUUGCACUUACGAUAUGAGCUACUGAUGCUCGGCAUCCAACCUAUUAUCGAAAAAUUAAGAAAAUACGAAAAUGAGACACUCGAUAGGCAUCUCGAUUUUUUUGAAAUGGUACGAAAUGAAGAUGAGAAAGAGCUCGCCAGGAAGUUUGAAAAGGAACAUGUAGAUACUAAAAGUGCUAGCGCCAUGUUCGAUCUUUUGCGACGGAAACUCAGUCAUACUGCUGCUUAUCCUCAUCUUCUCAGCUUACUAGAACAUUGUCUUUUAUUGCCACUGGAUUACGGUUCGCAUCCCCAACAUUGGUUGUUAUUUGAUCGAAUCGUUCAGCAAAUUGUUUUACAGUCUGAAAGCAACGAGACGGGGUUAGUAAAAAAUUCCGAUGUGGCUCCAAUAGAUAUAAACGUGAAAGAAAUUGUUCAUCUUCUCGCCAAAGAGGAGGAACUUGUGGCAGCAAGGAAAAAGGCUGAGGAGAUGGAACGCGAAAAUUUGGACAUGUCUACAAAAUUGGCUAAAAAGGAGCAAGAACUAGAUUUGAGAACUCAAGAAAAAGAAGAUAUGGAAGCAAGUUUAGCAAGAAUCAAAGAACGUCUUGAAAAAGAGAUAUCGAUGCACAUAGAGACAAAACAAAAAAUUUCUGAAUUGCAAGAUAACCUUGAGAUAUUGUCGCGACAAGUUAACAACGAAAAAUCAGAAAGGAAACGUCUAGAACAAUUAGUAGCUUCAGGAAGUUUGCCAGACGAUGCAAAAGCCACUUUAAAAAUUGUGGAAGAUGAAGUACUCGAGAAGAUUGAGACUAAACUUACUCCGCCACCACCACCACCUCCUCCAUUAGCACCUCCGCCACCUCCUUGUUUAAUGCUGGCUGCUCCUCCGCCUAUGAAGGUUAUAAUAAAGAAUGUUCCACAGCCGAGUAAUCCUUUGAAAUCGUUUAACUGGUCCAAAAUACCUGAGCAGAAAUUACAAGGCACGAUAUGGUCAGAAUUGGAUGAUUCGAAACUCUAUAAUGUAAUGGACCUCGAGUCCAUUGAUAAGAUCUUCUGCGCUUAUCAAAAAAAUGGCGUUUCUACAGAAGGCUCAAUAGAGGACUUGAGAACAUUAGGAAAGAAUAAAAAGACGAUGUCGGUAAUUGAUUCGAGAAGAGCGCAGAAUUGCACUAUAUUAUUGUCAAAAUUGAAAAUGUCUGAUAAUGAAAUUACUAGAACAAUAUUAUCGAUGGAUCAACAGAAUAUUUUGCACAUCGAUAUGGUGGAACAGUUGCUAAAGUACAUACCAUCUUCAGAAGAAGCUGCCUUGUUAGAUAUCCAUCAAAAAGAAUUGCAGAACAGGGCGGAUUGUUUUUUAUAUCAAAUAUCAAAAGUGCCACAUUACGAACAGAGAUUGCGUUCUCUUCAUUAUAAAAAGAAAUUUGCAGCUAGCAUUGCGGAAUUGACACCGAGGAUGCGAGCAGUUUUAGAAGCGAGCCGACAAGUAGCCAGAUCAAGGAGACUCAGAAAACUUUUAGAAUUAGUUUUAGCAUUGGGAAAUUAUGUGAAUCGUGGAAACGCGCGAGGUAACGCGUGUGGCUUCCGAUUAGCUUCUUUGAAUCGUCUAGUCGACACAAAAUCUUCUUGUUCCAAGGGAACAACUUUACUACAUUACCUUGUACAAAUUCUCGAAGCCAGAUUUAGAGAAGUUCUAGAAAUCGAAGAAGACAUGCCGCAUGUUAAAACGGCUGCUAAAGUUAGUAUGGCCGAUUUGCAGAAAGAAGUGGCCAACUUGAAAAAUGGACUGCAAGAUGUUCAAAGAGAAAUAGAAUUUCAUCGAGGUCAAUCUCAAGUGCUUCAAGGAGACAUGUUUUUACCAGCGAUGAGAGAUUUUCAGGCGCAAGCCACAUGUAGAUUAGCAGAGGCCGAAGACUUAUUUCAAGAUAUGAAAACUAGAUUUGAUCGAGCAGUGAGAUUAUUUGGUGAAGAUUCGGCUGGUGUUCAACCAGAUGAAUUCUUUGGCAUUUUUGAAAACUUUUUACAAGCCUUAGCUGAAGCAAGACAAGAUGUAGAAAAUAUGAGAAAGAAAAUCGAAGAAGAGGAACGUAGAGCAAAACAAGAACAGGAACUCCGAAAGAGAACGAUAGAGAGGAAGAACUCGCGGGAGGGUAUAUUAAAUAGCAUAUCUUUAAAUAAGAAGAAUGAAGUAAAUAGUAAUGGACAACAAAAUGAUAACAAAGGCGAAUUCGACGACUUGAUAUCUGCUCUUCGAACUGGUGAUGUGUUCGGCGAAGAUAUUGCUAAAUUCAAAAGGUCAAAACGAAGACCUGUUACACCUAGCAGUCAAGAAUCACGUAGGCAUAGUACUCACAAGGAAGAUUCCCGAGAACGUCACUAAAACUCCAAUAGGAUCAAACAGAUCAUUUGUCAGGAUCUUAUAUAAUAUAAGUUUUUCACAUACAAAAGAAUUCAUUUAUUUAGAAUUUUACAUAUCAUGUUUUAA